AUGGAAGAGCCGGUUGCUUCGAUUUCGAAUGAUUUGUCUGAUUGCCCAUCGAAUAGCGAUGUAAAUACGGUAACAGACCCUAAACUGGAUUUUAUGAAAUACUUUAAACCUAAUACCAUCUUGAGUGGUGAAGAGUUGUAUAACCAUUCCAAAAGAGCUGAAAAGUCUAUUCCUUCAAAAGGUGGCCAUAAAGAUUUUGAGCCUGAUGAAUCCUGUCUACAGGCGAAAAAAAUGAACAUGUUCUAUUCAAGAAUGGAAACAUUAUUGACUGAGCCAAGAACAGAAAAACUGGGAUCUCUUCUCGUAGGAAUUUGGGACCCUGAGAAGAAUCUUGUGGAAUACAAGAAAGAUGCUAGAAAAUUUUGGGCCAAAAUGGGCUUUGUUGAUGAAAAGCGGAAGUGGUUGUAUCCUGAAGAAGCCUUGUAUUUGAUGGAAAUUAAUUGUCUGGAAGUCUAUAAUAAUGAGGUACCACUCAGCCUCCAGGAAGCCUAUCAUAUCUUCAUUAGAACACCUGAAAAUCGGAAUCAGUACCAAGUCUAUGCACACCUUCGUCGCUUGGGCUAUUCAGUCAUUCGACAUCAAGGAAGGUCAGACACCAGUCAGUAUGAACAAAGCCUCAAAUUAGACCAAUACUUGAAGGAUGGCCAUAAUAAGAAACGCAAAAUUUGCAAAAACAACAGUGAUGACAAAUCCUUUAAUCCAGAAAAAGAUAAUGGUACAGAGUCUCCAAACACUGAAGGGAAUCUUUAUUCUGUAACAGUUCCACUUUUGGGGAAACCAUUGCCAGAAGGGAAUCUAUACUUUGAUAUUCAAGAGUAUAGGGAAACGGUUUUGUGGGAUGGGGAAGUCACACCUUUGGUCGCUCCAGAAGAUGCAACAUCAACAGAUGCUAUUCUAAAGAAACUUCAAAUUGUGAAGCAUGCUCAACUUCAUGUUUGUUCCAUGGCCAAACGACUGUGUAUAUAUUCUUAUUUUGUCUUAAACAUCUCUCUUUCUUUUUUCUUUCCUUCCUCCUUUUUUCUUUCCUCCCACUUUUCCUUCUUUCAUUUCUUUUUCCUUUUCUUUUUUCUCCUUUCUUUUGUUUCCUUUUUUCUUUCCUUCUUUUGUCUUCUUUCUUUCAUCCUUUUCCUUCUUUCAUCUCUUUUCUUUUUCCUUUCUUUUGCUUCCUUUUUUCUUUUCUUUUUCUUUUUUUUGUUCUUCCUUUCACUUCUUUCGUUUCUUUUUUUGUUUCCUCCUUUUCCUUCUUACAUUUCAUUUCUUGACUCCUUUUUCUUUCUCUUUUCAUUACUUUUCCUUUCCUCUUUUUACUCUCCUCUUUUUCUUCCCUUCUCUUUUUGUUUCUUUUCUUCUUUAUUUCGUCCUCUUCCUUCUUUCAUUUGUUUUCUUUAUUACUUUCUUUUUCCUUUUUCACAUCUUUUCUUUCUUUCUUUACUUUUUCUUUUGUUCCUUUUCAUUACUUUUUUCCUUUACUUUCUUUUCUUCCUUUCUCUUCCCUCUUUGUUUUCUUUGUCCUCUUUCAGCCAGCAGUGUGCUGACACCUGCUUACUUUGA